AUACAUACAUCAACUCUGGACACUCUGAAGAUGAUGCUCUUCCCAAAACGACUCUGACUGUGAAGCCAAACCCUGCAUUCACUGGAGAGACAGUCACUCUGAUGUGUUCAGUUACGUAUGACAGUAGAUGGAACUAUCAGCAGUACAAAGACUGGAAUUAUAAUGUAGUGUCCCAGUCUGUCAGACACACUAUAACAGGAAACACCUUCACUAUCAGUAGAGCUGCUGAGUCUGACCAGGGUCAGUACUGGUGUGAAGGGGACAGAGCGUCUAGACCCAUAUCUUCACAACCAAGUGAUCCUCUCACUCUCACUGUAAAAGCUCUUCCCAAAACUACUCUGACUGUGAAGCCAAACCCUGCAUUCACUGGAGAGACAGUCACUCUGAUGUGUUCAGUUACGUAUGACAGUAGACGGAACUAUCAGUGGUACAAAGACUGGAAUUAUAAUGUAGUGUCCCAGUCUGUCAGACACACUAUAACAGGAGACACCUUCACUAUCAGUAGAGCUGCUGAGUCUGACCAGGGUCAGUACUGGUGUGAAGGGAACAGAGCGUCUAGACCCAUAUCUUCACAACCAAGUGAUCCUGUCACUCUCACUGUAAAAGCUCUUCCCAAAACUACUCUGAUUGUGAAGCCAAACCCUGCAUUCACUGGAGAGACAGUCACUCUGAUGUGUUCAGUUACGUAUGACAGUAGAAGGAACUAUCAGUGGUACAAAGACUGGAAUUAUAAUGUAGUGUCCCAGUCUGUCAGACACACUAUAACAGGAGACACCUUCACUAUCAGUAGAGCUGCUGAGUCUGACCAGGGUCAGUACUGGUGUGAAGGGAACAGAGCGUCUAGACCCAUAUCUUCACAACCAAGUGAUCCUGUCACUCUCACUGUAAAAGCUCUUCCCAAAACGACUCUGACUGUGAAGCCAAACCCUGCAUACACUGGAGAGAAAGUCACUCUGAUGUGUUCAGUUACGUAUGACAGUAGAUGGAACUAUCAGUGGUACAAAGACUGGAAUUACAAUGUAGUGUCCCAGUCUGUCAGACACACUAUAACAGGAGACACCUUCACUAUCAGUAGAGCUGCUGAGUCAGACCAGGGUCUCUACUGGUGUGAAGGGAACAGAGUGUCUCGACCCACAUCUUCACAACCAAGUGAUCCUCUCACUCUCACUGUAAAAGAUCAACCCCAACCUGUCCUGAGUAUCUCUCCUCAGUGGAUGAACCCUGGAGACUCGGUGACUCUGAGCUGUGAAGUUGACAAGACGUCUACAGACUGGAGGUUCUCCUGGUACAGGACUGUUCCCUACAGAGCUGGGUUACUCUCCCUAUCAGACAAGUCUUACUCUCUACAGCCCCUAUCUGACAAUGUGACUAGUGAAGACUCCUACACUCUGAUCCCUGCUGGUCCUACUCACACAGGAGGAUAUGUGUGUCGAGCUGGGAGAGGAGACCCAGUCUAUGACACACUCUACAGUGAACCUCAGUUUCUCUGGUCAGGAGAUGGUGAUGUGAUCCUGGAGAGUCCUGUCCAUCCUGUGACUGAAGGAGACUCUGUGACUCUGACCUGUACAUUUAGACAUCAGGGAACAAAUCCUAAACUCAAUACUGAUUUCUACAAAGAUGGAACACUCAUCAAGAAUGAGACCACAGGAGAGAUGACCAUCCCUACAGUAUCCAAGUCAGAUGAAGGAUUCUAUAAGUGUAAAUCUGGUGAAGGAGAAUCACCAGAGAGCUGGGUGACAGUGAGAGUCCCUCCAGGUUCCAUUGUCUCCAUCUCUCUGACCAGGCUGCUGUGUGGUCUACUGGUGAUGUCUCCCUUUCUACUGGUGUCCAUCGUGCUGACGGUGAAAUGCUGCAGGGCUCGAGGUUUGUGUUCAACAGUCAAAUCUUGUCAAGACCAGAUAGCAUGUGAUGAUGUCAUCGAACAGAACGAAUCAUCCGUGUGAUCAUUACGGUAUGAACUGUAAGCUGAACAACCACUUUUGUGGUUUUUGUGGUUUUUGUUUUUUGACGUUGAUAUAUGAUAGUGUUUACUGAGUUUAAUAUCACUGAAUGGAAUUUCACAAAUGCUGAAUGUUAUGGUUUUGUAAGUUUACAUUCUCAGCUUUUGGUGGAUUGUAAGCUUUUUUUCGUUAUUGUUGAUUGAUGUCGAUUUUUCAUGAAAUAUUCCACUUGCCUCUUUAUUUCAGUUCGUUAAUAAAACAAGAGUGUAGUGCCUUUUUUUGUUUAAAAGUUGAAUUUCCUGCAAUUUUUUAAUGUGUUGUGUUUUACAUAAUGUCAUGCUUUUUACAUGCAGCUGGAAAUAGUUGAGCCUCAUGCUUUAGAGUAUACAGUACGUGAAUCUUUUCAGUUUUUAAUUUGAAUUUAGAAUACUAAAGAUGUGUUUAUACUUGAUUGGCUGAAGGUGCUAUAACAAUUGAGUUGGAACACGUAGAUAUAGUUUUUUAUAAAAAAUGUAUAUUUACAUAAUGCAGCUUUAAUGCUUAUUUUUAUUUUUAAGGUAGACUCAGGGAAAUGACAUUGCCACAAGUAGCAUCGCAGAUAUUGAGAUGAGUGAGAUGCAAGACUUCAGUCACACACAGUAUCUGCGCAUAUGCACGGGUUCACCUCACGCUGUUCAGCGUGUUAGCCAAUACAGCAGAGAAGUUAAACGCUCUUAGUUGUUGUGGAAAUUGAACCACUGUUCACUUUCUGCAUCUACGUCAUAUCGCUGAGUCUCCCUUUAAACUCCACUUACUUUUUACUUGUAUUCUUUUUUAAAUACUGUCUAAUAAGUAUUUUGUAAAAAUAAAAAAUAUUUUUUUUUACAGCAGAUAUACAUUUUCAACAUGUAUUUUGUAAAAUGGUUUCAGUAGUUGUUAAAGGAGCCAGAUGAAUUUUCCACUAUGGAAUUAAAAAUGGAGAAGUUGUGUUAUAUUUUGUAUUAAUUUUCAUAUCUAAUAAAGUGGUGAUUCCCCACAUCAUUGUGUUGAAAUACAACGUGA